AUGACGGAUGAAUCCAGGAAGUAUUUUGGUUACACAAGGCGGAAGCGUAUAUUUUACUGAACCUGAAAGUGUUUUAGGAGAAAACGUUGCGAAAGAGGACCAAUACGGUUAAAACUUACUAUCCACAGGGCGGAGUGGAUAUUGUUUGUCGUUGUUGGUAGACCUGGUCACUCCACUGCUGCCCACCUGAUCCGGUUCUUCCCACCAGGAGUUUGGCUUCUGACCUUGCUCACCAUCAGUGCCUCUGCGUCCAAACUCAGCUUCUGUCUUUACACCCCUUUAACUUGUAGUUUCAGCACAUCUCAUCCGUAACAGCCUCCGUCUGUGUCAAUGGCUGGGCGCGGUGGAGGAUCGACCAGGCCAAAUGGUGCCGCAGCAGCAAACAAAAUCUGCCAAUUCAAACUGGUGCUGCUGGGGGAGUCGGCGGUGGGCAAGUCCAGCUUAGUGCUGCGCUUUGUCAAAGGCCAGUUUCAUGAGUUCCAGGAGAGCACCAUCGGAGCUGCCUUCCUCACUCAGACUGUCUGUCUUGACGACACCACUGUGAAGUUUGAGAUCUGGGACACAGCAGGUCAGGAGCGUUACCACAGCCUGGCUCCGAUGUACUACAGAGGCGCCCAGGCGGCCAUCGUGGUCUACGACAUUACCAACACAGAUACUUUUGCACGAGCGAAGAACUGGGUGAAGGAGCUGCAGAGACAAGCCAGCCCCAACAUAGUGAUCGCUCUGGCUGGAAACAAGGCGGACAUCGCAAACAAGAGAGCUGUGGACAUGCAGGAGGCACAAACAUACGCUGAUGACAACAGUCUACUCUUCAUGGAGACCUCAGCCAAGACUGCCAUGAACGUCAAUGAGAUUUUCAUGGCUAUUGCAAAGAAGCUACCGAAGAGCGAUCCUCAGGGCGGAGCUGGACAAGGGGGGCGGACCAGGACAGGAGUGGAUCUACAAGAAGCUGCUCCCCCGAGCCGUAGCAGCCAGUGCUGCGGCGGCGGCAAUUAGCAAGUACAACACAACGAACUUAGUGAGCGAGCCUUGAACAUCGAUGUAAGGACAGCACGUAGCUUAAAAAACCCAGAGAGGCAGGAGAGGGCAGAGCCACUCGCCAGCCCUGCACUUAAACUGAGAUUACAAAUGAGAUUAUCUGGAUCCUCUUUGAUUAAAGGAACAUUUUUUAAAGAAUCAUAAGCUAGAGGGAAUUACCAAGAUCCCUCACUCUUUCUCUGUCUCUCCCCUGUGUCUCUAUCUACCUCCCUGCUCAUCUUCAGCCUGUCUCAGUUGAUUGAAUUCUGUCUUAAGUGAUUUUUUUUUGAAGGGUGAUGUUGAGGUUGUUUGCCAUUUUCCCUUUCUGUUUGAGCGUGUGUGUGUCCAUGUUAUGUAUGUGUAUGUAUACAGUACAUACACAUACAUGUACCAUUGGCAGUUUUCUACUCUUGUCAUUUCCCUCUACAUUGAUCAUCAUUAUGAAAGAAACAAACACACAACUACUAAUGCUGGAAUUGCAAAACAACAGAGCAAUUAAUCCUAAAGGUUUUUGUCUCGUUGCAAUUUAGACCACAGCAGUUUGUUCUUGUUAGGGACCUGGACAUGACCAGUUGUGAGGAAAGCUCUGUGCUUAUUGAAGCAGGUCGUGAUUUGAUAGGCUACACAUCUGAAGAUGUUUCCGAACUGUGCAACAAAUGCAGUUGUUUGCAUUCAUUGUGUAUUGAUACCUGUAACACCACAGAGUUGUUAGCCUUUUUUAAAAAGAAAUGUGAAAAUAACUUGUAAAUCUAAAAAAAAGUAAUAAAUAACAUGCAAGAUUCA